AUGUUUCUGAACACAACUACUACAAACUUCGAACCUGGGCUCACUGCGCGGUCCGAGCUAACGCUUGGAAGCGGCUUCCGAAAGCCCAAGGUAAGUUUGGACCAUGCCCUAGUUAGGUACCUAAAAAAAAUUGCUACAGUAGCCCUCUCCGAUGCCGAAUAAAGAUAAUUUCGUGUUCGCUUUCACUUUUCCAAUAAAUCCUUCAAUGGUCUCGAGACGAAAGUGGCAAUUUCUCAUUUCGCGCGGCUGUCCUUCUUCCAAUUUAUUUUCUUCGCGACGUUCCGCACACCCACCCAUUAUUUUAUUUGAAGAAGAAGAAGGAGAAGGAGAAGAGCUCUUUUUCUGAGCCGCUCCCAAAUUUCUUGUUGUACAGCAAUUAUACAGCGUGGUGAGGCGGUUGUAAAAAACGUACUUAAGAGGGAGAGGGAGGGGGUAGUGUAGAUGUCCCCACACUUUCUUUGAACGGUUUUUUGUCUUCCAAGUAUAGUUUUCUGAAUCAUUUCAACCCAAUUCAGUCAAAAUACAGCUUCGAUGCCUCUCAUUUCUCGCUCGGAUGACAGAUGUCCGUGUCGAUGUCUGUGUACAGACCCCAGCUGUUUUACUUGACCCUUUCCCUUUCCCCUCACUUUUUUGUUUGCUAUACAACUCGACUUGUUUAAAAAUCUAUUCAAUCUAAAGCUUUUAUAGUGUUCCUCGAGGAUGUGCAGUUCCAAACGUUUCUACACUCCACCAGAGGGACCGUCCGGCGAUGAAGAGCCAAAGUUUCGAGUCUUCUGGGAGUACAUUAAUGAGUAAGUGUUUUAUUACAAUUUUUGAACGCAUUACCUUAAUUUAUGGGAUGCAUGCUACUAAAACUGGUGCUCAAGCUACUUAAACCACUAAAUAGAGCGCCAAACCUGACAUUAGGUAGUAGUCAGUGUUGAGCUCAACACUGAUUGUGAGUACUGCCCCGAAUCAGAACUCUUCAAGCUAGAACAGAACUGAUACUAAUCAGAACUGAUCAAAUUAAUUCCACCUUGACAAUAUUAAUUUCAAAAAAAUAACCGAAAAUGAAUAGGAAAGCUUCAGAUCCAGAAUCUCUGGGAUAUUGUAGCUGGCCGCGGACUAACUUUCUCACUGCGUUUUACGCUGAGCAAUGAAGUUUUAAAGGACCAGGGAACCCAAAUUUUUUUUAAUUUUUUUGUGUCUGUUUGAAUUGUCUCUUAUUGCCUCAUACACUGGUGAAAUGCUGCCUCUCAAAAAUGCCAAUGAACGAAACGGAAAAUGGGAGAAACCGUUAAUUUUUGGAAAAAAAACCGGUAAAAAAGCGAAAAAAAUAAAAUGGCCGAGAAGCGCAUAUUUCUAGGCCAUUGACGCUAGGCCACGGCCUUCAACUGCACGCCGUUUUGUUCAUUGGCAUUUUUUAGAGGCAGCAUUUCACCAGUGUUUGAGGCAAUAAGAGGCAAUUCAAACAGACACAAAAAAAUUUCACAAAAAAAUAAUAAUCAAAAAAUUUUUGGGUUCCCUGGUCCUUUAAUACAAGAACACGGGUUUAUAUUUUAUUUUCAAUAGUUUUAUUAUAUUUUGCGCGUAGUGCUUUUGCGAAUACCUGAAAUAUAACUGGUUCGUUGCAGAAUUGUGUCGAAUUACAGAGUUAGGCAUGCCAAAAGGACAGGCAAACGCCACAGAAGUGAUUGGUGGUUGGCCAAUGAAAAAAAAAGAAGGAGUUCUGAUUUAGGAAGUAUUGCCAUAAGGAGUUCUGAUUCGGGGCAGCACCGUUGAGCGGAAUUCCGUCUUCCGUCUUCCGUGGAUUUUUUUGUUCCGUCUGCCGUCUUCCGGGAUUUUUUCUUUUUACCGUAAAAGAAUAAUAGCUUUUCAGAAGCCAUUUACUAGUCCCGAAGAACGCGAAUUUCCACGGGCAAUUUCCACGGGCCCAGAUCCAAAAAUUUUUUUGUUGUUUAGUUAUUUUUUUCAACCGGAGAAAAAGGCUCUACAUUGACGAUUUUUUGUUCCGUAUUCCGUCUGCCGUCUUCCGGGAAAAAAUUUUUUCUUCCGUCUUCCGUUUUCCGUGUUCCGGAUUUCAAAAUUCCAUUUCCGCUCAACUCUGGUAGUAGUACAUCAUUUUUCUCAAACAUUGCUGUCAGGGCCACUUUCUUUCACUAUAUCUCAAGAUCCAAUGAUUAUUUCAAAAAGUGGUCAACUGAAAAGUUGUUGCAAAUUUUGUCCUCUACAACUUUGUAGUUGAACAUUUUAUUCCAAAACUUGUCAUUCUUGAGUUAUGGUCUUGGUUCUAACCAGUAUAUCCACUAGAGGCUAAGGAAAGUUCUUUGAGGCCCUAAAUUGGAUUUUAGAGAAAAAUGAUAUAACUUUUUGCGCUCUAUUCAAUUGUAUAAGUAGCUUAAAGACUUCAAAUAGUAACAAGCCUCCUUAAGACUCAUUUUCAGUUUCUUCUCGACCGAAGACGUGUCCGUCGUCACGCAACUUCCGUUGAUCCAUCACCAAGGGACCAGUGUGACGGUAAUUUGGUCCCCGGACGUUCCGCAACCGGUUUCAAAGUGUCUCAGACCGCUCACAUCGUCGUGGCGUUCGCUUUAUACGCACUUCAGCUCCAUUACAGUCUACUGGGCAUGGACAAAGUCCAAAAUAUUUCGUUUUGGCUUCUGGUGACCGCCAAUGCGAUGGCGUGCGUUUUCGGAAGUUGUCGUGGAUUCGAUCGUGUCACUCUUGUGGUAAACGGACAAUAUUCAUAGACUACAGUAACCCAUUUCACUUUAGGAAUUGUUUCUCGCCGCCUUCUUCUCCUUCUUCUUCCGUCUCCACUACGCGAUUCCGGUCAUUGCCAUUAUGAGUUCGUUUUUUGUGCAUUUCAAGCGAAAACCAUCCAGUUUUGACAUACAAUAUUUAAAAAAAUUGAAUUCAAAACUGAGCUAAAGCGUAUAUAUCAAUUUUCAGCCUAUCAAGUCUACAUUCGCUACGAGUACAGCUACUUGGACUCGGAAUUCGAUGAAAACGGACAAUAUCGAUAUAGGGACCAGCCGUACGAUUCCAAUUAA